CAAUAUACUCACACACACUGGUAACAUGUGCAAGUGCAGAUGCCAUCGUACUUAUAAUCCAGACUCGAUUGAUGAAAGCGAUAAAUUACUUGACUCUAUAUGUUUUGAUCCUGUUUCUGUUGACGAGGGAUUUGUCGCCACUGGCGCUAAAUUUACGAGACAUGAUAACGUCAUAUACCUCCAACUUAGGCAAGCGCGAUUAUCAAAUGGUCGGUUAACUGAAACUACUAAAAAGUGGACAGAUUUGAAACGCUGCAGUUCUGCCAACACAAAGCCAGUUUUCAAUUCCAAACGAAACGAUUAUUUAAAAAUCAAAUUGGAAGAUAUAAUAUUGCCAGAAAAUACUGUUGUUACAGGUGUGACAUUGGGAGACUCGGUGCAAGGACGAUAUCUAAAUGAUAAUUUAAAUUUCGAUAAAAAACGCGGGGAGAUUAUUCAACGGAGUCAAUGUAGUGGAAGUACCACAUAUUCAGUGUUUGGUAACGACCAAGUAAAACCAUCCACUGGUGUUUCUAUUCAAGAUAAUAACAUAUUUAGUGAACCAUGUAAAAGUCACAUAUUAUUCCAAGGAUCUACUCAGCAUUACGACAAGCUGCCAUCUAUCGUUCCAUACGUUGAUUUGCGAGAAAUUGUCACUAAAUCGCUUGAAACUAUUCGCGGAAUCGGUUGGUAUCAUCGCGGUUUCCCCGGAUAUGGAGGAUUUCUCGCUCUCAAAAUUUUCAAAAAAAUGUAAAAACUUAUUGUACCAUUUUCUCAAUGAUCGAUGAAAAUAUCUUGUUUUUCCAAACAAAGUUUAAUAAAUGAAUUUCAUCAAC